GUUUAGAGGUGUGUUUUAAAUUUGUGUCCCUAAAGCAGAUGAAUGUCUGACAGAAAUGAGUGGAUAUCUUACGCUUAGGUUUAGAGCUCAGUGAAAGGUGUUUAUAUAGUCAUUUCUGUCACAUGGCAUCUCAGGCUUCACCGUUUUUGCAGCUUAUCAGCUCAUCAGUCAUUCAAACCGAGUUUCACCACAAGGACGAUAAGACGGCUGUGUCUUCCAGCUCUGUGCCCAUUCAGAAAGUUACUACAUGAAGUAACCUUAAAGCUUUAGAUGCACCUCAGCAGGUGGGCUGUGGAGCAUCUCGGCCCAAAGCACUUCACCUUUUGCUUCCUCUAAACAAGCUAAAUGGGCUCUGGUAAAGAUUUCAUGACAAGUGCAAACAAGUGCACAGUCAGACAGACUGUAAUAUGAAACGCUGCUAGGUUAAACUGUAGCGGCACUCUUUUCACACGCUUUCAUAAACAGCUGCUCUCUUAAAAAAGCACAUCCUCUCCCACCAGUGACAAUGAUAGCGGUGAGUGACAACUAUCUGUGUGAGAAGCCUGAGCGGUUACGCCUCUCAGUCUGCGUUUAAAACCCGCUUUACAAAAGAGUCAGGACAGUAUGACUCAAUCUUUGGGCUGAGCUGGCGUCUGGUGCGAUGGAUUGCCGUCCACCCCUGAGGAUGAAGGCAACGCUGCUGAUUGUGUUCCUGCUCAAAUCUACCAACAUCAUCAGGCUACAUGGAUGUCCAUUAGCAGGAGUGGACUACAAUCUUCACUGUGUCAAUGAUUACCUAACCACUGUCUACUGCUCCCUGAACAUCACUCCAUCAGAAAACACCUCAAACAGCAACAGCUCCUACUGGCUCAUUUUUACAGACAUCGAAACGUACAAGUGCAUGCUGACACACACCAAAGAGAACUAUUUCUGCACAUUUAAAACAUCGCCUGAUUAUGGCGAUACGUUUACAGAUUUAGAUGAAUACAAAAUCUCACUUUGCCACGACCCAAAUGAGGAGUCUGAAACCUGUGACGUGCUAGAUGAGCAGUACCUACCUGUGGACAACAUUAAACCAAACGCACCGUGCUGCCUCUCAGUCAGCCACAACUCAAGUCACCACCACUUUGCUUGGAAAAGCACCUACGAGACUUACACCAGUGUCACUGAUCUGCCCAACAACCUGGAUUAUCAGCUCCAUUACUACAAGAGGGGAGAACACAAGGUAAAAUUUCGUGAAAUUAGCACACAAAGUACGGGUAUUUCUUUGGAAGAUCAGAACUUUGAACCAGACACCGAGUAUAGUGCUAGAGUACGGUCCAUUCCCAAUAAGGCUACGUACCAAGGCGAGUGGAGUCACUGGUCUGAUGAGGCUCACUGGAGGACUAACCCUGCCGUGGAUGGUUUCUCAACGCGCACGUUCAUUUCUGAAAUGUGUAAGAAGGUGCUCAUUCCCAUCUGUGGGCUGGUGGUACUCGUCAUACUGAUCUGCUACGCUCCUGUUAAAAAGUGGAAGCAAAACGUGUUUAUCCCAACUCCGGCUCCCUAUUUCCACACCCUAUACAGCGACUGCCAGGGAGAUUUCAAGAGCUGGGUGGUUACGCAAGAAAACACAGCAGACACGCUAGAAAAAGAGGAAACGCUUCAGAUCGACACCUUGACAAAGUGUGCAGAAGUCCAGGAGGAUGACUGUCAUCCACCCCACUUUGACCAGCACGUGAUGGAGGGCAGCUCCUACAGCAACAUAACUCCCUCGGUCUGUGAUACCACUCUCCUGGGCGUCCCGUACGCUGUGAGCACCAUGAUUCCACUCUCAGCUCAGGGGAGCCCAAUGAACAGCCUGGUUCUAGACUCCCAAUUAGGGAGCCCUUCUGGAGACUCGGGCUGCUGGCUCUGCAGUGACACGUCCCUAGAAAGGGACCCUCCCUGGUACUGUAAUGAGUACUGCACCCUGAGUGCCUUCCAGCAGUCCAGUUCUGCCCUGGUAGAGCACCAUGGGAGCUUGUAAAAACAAAAGUCUUGCCCAACAGGGAUCAACUCAAAAAGCUUGAAAGUUGUCAUGAAAAGGAACAUUUUUCCACUGGACCGAGUAGUCCACGUUAUGAUUCAGUAGCUAAUAGAACCUGUAGCAGAAAUAACUCAUUUUAUCAGUCCUUCUCGUUGUGGGGUAAUUUUGACAUGCUCUUCUUUAUAAUGUUACUUCAGUUUAUUGUUAAUUCUGUGCAUUAAGCUAUAAACAGUCCUCUUGAGGUCCCACCACAGGAUUUCAAUCAGGCUGUAGUCUAGACUUCUGGGCCAUUGCAGCACCUUGAAUGUUUUUUUUCCCCUUUUUUACAGAUUUUAUGCAGCAUUUAGUUACAACAUGUUGUCCAUGUACUACUUCAUGUAUGUUUUUAUCUUUUAUGCACAGUCCAAACCUGUCUGGAAACAGGAUGAAAGUCUCAUUUUGUGACUCAUCCGUUUUGUUUCUGCAUCACUGAAAUGCAAGAUGAACUUCUGUGUAUAUUCUGCUCUUAAUAAA